AUGAUAACCGAGAAGAAGGUGUAUGUGCCACCACAAGAUUUUGGGCAACACCUCAGGUUCAACGUGGAGACGAUUGAAUACAAGAACGUCAAGUUCACAUCUUGGGACGUCGGUGGACGUGAUAAAAUCAGACCUUUGUAUCGUCACUAUUACCCGAACACGGACGCCAUCAUCUUUGUGUUGGACAGCAACGACAGGGAUCGGUUACCGGAAAUGCGUCAGGAGAUUGGAAUGUACCUGACCGAGGAUGAACUGCGCGACUGCCUCUUUCUCAUUCUUGCCAACAAACAGGACAUGCCAAACGCCCUUCCGCCUGACGUCAUAAGAGAGAAAUUGGAGUUGGACACGUUGCUGGAAGGCCGUCAGUGGCAUCUUCAGCCAGCCUCGGCUAAGGAGGGAAACGGUCUGUACGAGGGACUAGACUGGCUGGCCGCCAAACUCGCUUCUAAAGAGGCACACGAGUACGUCACACAGUCGGUAGUGGAGGCGAAGGACGAUGCCGUCACGAUAACCAAGUCCAACCCCAUCAAAUCGGCAGUGAGAUACUUCAAGUCGUGGUGGGGCAACGUGGGACAGGCGACGGCUACAUGA